AUGGCGGUGAAACCACGAACAGACCGCCCCGUCGCUGUCAUCGGCGGCGGAGUCCUCGGACGCCGGAUAGGCUGCAUCUUCAUCGCAGCCGGCUACCAUGUGCAUAUCCACGAUCUAUCGGAAGCCGCACUCCGCGACGCAGCGGAGUACGUCGACAUCCACAAAGCCGAGUUCUCAUUGAUGCCGCGGAUUCACAAGGCCAGAGAGGAAAUAAAGAACAGCGAGGGCAAGAUCACAGGUCGUGAGGUCGAAACCUCUAUAUCGCAGGUCGACCUGGAGUCAUCCACGACUGCGCCCUUUGGGAUCUGCAAGACGUUUUUGGGCCUGGAGCCGGCUAUCAGUAAUUCCUGGCUUGUUGUUGAGGCUGUACCGGAGCUUUUGGAUCUCAAGAUCGACACGUUUGCUAAGAUGGAUGCCUUGGCUGAGGAGGAUUGUAUCCUCGGUUCGAAUAGCUCGUCGAUCAAGUCGAGUUUGCUGAUUGCGAAAAUCUCCGAUAAGAGAAAGAAGAGAGUUUUCAAUAUUCAUUUUGCUAUGCCUCCCGCGAUUCGGACGGUCGAGAUGAUGACCUGCGGUGAGACGGAUUUUGAAAUCCUCGCGUACAUGGAAGACGUACUCGGGGAAUGUGGCAUGUUACCGGUGAUCGCUCGCCGGGAGUCGACUGGAUUCAUCUUCAAUCGCCUGUGGGCCGCGAUCAAGCGCGAGAUCAUGAAUAUCAUCUCCUCGGGUGUCAGUGACCCUGGCGAAAUUGAUUUGCUCUGGGAACAUAUGUUUAAGAAUGGCCCACUGCCCUGCCAGCUGAUGGAUCAGAUUGGCCUCGACACAGUCGCUUACAUCGAAGACAACUAUAUCCACGAGAGGGGAUACCGGUCCGACGGAACGGUCGACUGGUUGCGCAAAGAAUAUAUCAACCAGGGGCGUGUGGGAAAGAAGUGCGCAAAGGGUGGUCUCUACCCGCCUCUUGCGAAAUCUUCAUCCGCAGAGAAAGACCCGGCGAACCCGCACUGCGUGGCGAAAGAUAUCUACGUGCUUGAUGUGGGAUUGGGUGGUAACGCCAAGGAUGUCUCGCAGGUGCAUUCGAAUGGCAAGGUGUUACGGUUGAACCUUGCCACGCAGAAACUGACACCCGUGAUGGUUGGCCAGAACCAACCGGACGGAAUCGACGCGUCGCUUUCGACACAGCGGAUUUUCUGGACGAAUAUGGGUCGCAGUACGGCUGCCUGCGAUGGAUCUGUCUGGUCGGCCGAUAUGGACGGUGGACAUGUACGAUGUCUAAUCUCAAUUGGGGAUGUUCACACGCCCAAGCAGAUCGCGGCAGUGGAGUCGAGGAAUCAACUCUACUUCUGUGAUCGCGAGGGCACGAGUGUACACCGCUGCGAUUAUGACGGAAAUAACCACGAGAUCAUCGUUCAACGGCGCAUUGACCCCAACAGUACCCUGCUAGAGCAAAUGACACACUGGUGCGUUGGCGUUGCCAUUGACGCCGAGCAGGAGUUGAUGUACUGGAGUCAGAAGGGGCCUAGCAAGGGGGGCCGGGGUCGGAUCUUUAGAGCGGGCCUCGAUAUCCCGCCCGGCGAGAACGCGGAGAAUCGAACGGAUAUCCGCUGCCUGUGGGCGACGAUGCCAGAGCCCAUUGACAUUGAAAUCGACAGUACUACUCAAACGUUGUACUGGACGGACCGUGGGGAGCAUCCGAUGGGGUGUACCCUGAAUCGCGCAUAUGUUGGCGGCGAAGACGCUGACAUGGAAAAGGUCAUUCUUGCCCGGCAUUUCCAUGAGCCCAUUGGGCUCAAGCUGGACAAAGUCAACAAUAUUGUCUACGUGGCGGACCUGGGUGGCAGUCUGUACUCGGUGUCGCUGGAUGAUGGUGUCAAGACGGAAUUGGUGCGCAACGACAGCUGCUACACGGGCUUGACACUUGUCUGA